AUGGAUGUGGAUGAUGAUUCGGAUUUGGAGGGUUUGCUAAGCAAAGAGAUUGGUGAAGACAAUCCAGUCCUUCAUGCAGAUCCUUGGCUUCAGAGCCUUCUUGGAGAGCAGAACAGCACCAAUGACAUUGACAUUGGCAAUGAUGGCUACUCACCAGAAUCACCCAUCAAGACGCCUGAUUUCUUGGAUGCGCCUGAGAUGUUUUUUCCUGAGGAAAAUACAUCACCCCCAGCAGCCCCUGCUAGUGAUAUAGACAGCAGUGUUGCUGCUGACACUGUUGACCAUGGUGAUGUAGAAGUGGAACUACCGAAGCCAGCACAACCUGCGCCAGUCCCUGGCAAGCCUCUGAGGGGACGCGCAGGACGCCCAAAAGGGACAACCAAGACCUUUCUUGCAUGGCAAGCAGCACAAGCAAGGGAGGACAUCGCAGCGGAAGGGAUUGAGAUUGAGAAGCGCGAGCCUGAACCAGGGUCAAUUGCACAUGCAGGCCAGGCCAGAAAACAGAAACUGGAGGAGAGACGCAGGCAAGAACAAACCCAGUUUGAAGCAUCAAACCAUGGUAGUAUAGAAGCAGUAGUUGGAGAUACUUCGCAGCGCUCUUUAUGGGGGAUGUGCUGCCAUGCUUGGAGACUUAGAAGCAAAGACAAAUCAUGUUCAGAGAAAAUUGGCGAAGUCGGUGAAGACAAUGACCCUGUUGUCACGGCCUUGUUGGAUGGUGCCGCUGUGUCUGCAUCAUGCAAAGGCGUGCAGCGUUUGAUGCAACAACCAUACGGCGUCAAGGAUUUACUUUUCCAAGUUGGGGCUGCAAUCUUUGCGUUUGGAACUUGGAUGUGGGCAGUGUUUUUGUCUCACUUGCUGACAAAGUGCAGGGGAAGCAGCAGUGAUGGCAGCAGCCAAUGUUGGAGGGCAGUUUUGGUCAUUUGCAAACUUAGGUAUGAUGAAACACCUUCCAAAGUUCGGGUGUCAGUGUCAGAGGCUGGUGAUCACAAGAUCCUUGGCAAGCAUGAUCCGGACGAAGCUUGUACGCAUGCGAAGGUGCUUCAAGCCGAGCAUGUGCAGGCAGUUCUUUUGCAGAAUCAUGGGGACAAGUCAUUUGUUUUUUGCACCUCAAAGUUGCCGACGCACCUGUCCGCAGUGGACAGAACCACUGGGGAGAACACUCGCUCAGUCCUCUGGCAGCAAGUGGCUGCUGUCCCAGAAUAUCUCAGGAUUUCUAGCGCCUUUGAGAUGAAAGUACGCAUUAGUGUGGCUGACCGAUACCCUGCAAACAUACGCGCGGAGCUAGGUCUGCAGCAAAGUGGAUAUUUAGACCACUUUGUCAAUGCCUUCUUUCCUUGUGACGUGCACAAGUUGCACUCUAGCAUUAAGAAUGCGAGUGAGAAUGCUAGUUUCGAUGUCGCCGGCCUUCUAAAUGCAGGGCUUUCAUGCACAGAUUUGGGGUCAACAAGAACACUCAGGGCCAUCCUCAUUUCGAUCCUGGACCAAGAGUUAGAGAUCAUUCAUUCUUGUCCCCCUGUUGAACCAGGCGGCCAAUUUGAUGAGUACCGACAAGGUGUUUUCGACCUUUACUUGCCACAACAUGCAGGCAUUCCACGUGGGAAGAAGAAGACACAUGCCAAGAUUCGCUUCAUAUUGUCAUAUUUCCUCAAUGGUGAUUUGACUUCUUCCACAAUCAUUCACUACUGCCCCAGAGGUUGUUGCCAGAGUGAAGCAUCAUGCCGGCAGAACAUUGCUCAUUUCCUAGCUUGGGCAUUGAUCCCAAAAAAACUGCCUGUCCUGAGUAGAAAGACAUGGACAGGUUUUCAUGACUCGCUGGCUUGGGUGGGAAUUCUGGCAUCCCACCACGGCCUUUUUCAACGCGUCAUGGAGAAGUUCGUCGGGAAACCCACGCCAGCACUUGCUCAAGCUCCAAACGCUCCUGAUGGGUCAUGGCUAGAUGUGAUGCUUGCAUUAGGACCAGGACCAGGACAUGAAAGCAACAAAGCUGCCAGGGAUCAGAAACAUUCCAGCGCAGCAGACCAGAAUCCGUUGCAGAAGGAAGCCAAAUCAGAGCAGCAUGAUGAUGAACCCGAUGCUGAUGAACCAGAUUGGCUAAAGAAAAAGAGGCAAUCCAAGCAAACUGCUCGCGAUUGGGUGGCGAGCCAACCCGCGCAGAGAAUCGCAGUACUCACUGACUGUGUGGAGCCCUUGUUUAUUCUCAUGAACAAAUUCUUGAAGAUGUCAGGGGCCAACUGGCGGAGGCAACAAGAGAGGUUGGCCUUUAGUUCAAAGAAGAGGACAUAUGCUGUAGUUGAAGCGGCUUUGGGGAAAGAUGUGCUUGCGAAGCUCCAAACGGGCAUGAGGGCAGUCUCGCUGCCUGAGCAAGAGGAUUGCCAUCUGCGGGGGCUGAGGUUCAAACUUGUUUCUUGUGGAUGCUGUGCCAUUGAGAGCCUCAUAUGGCUCUCGCGUGAGAACAUGCCAUACCAGCUUUUCAGAGUGCUGGAUCCAACUCAAAACCAAGAAGGCGCAGAGAAGAUUGCAGAGAAGAUUGCAGCUUGGCCGGUGUGCAUGAGAGAUUGGCUAUCCUCAGUCUUGCUUGACAAGUUUCCCCAACCAGACCAUAUCACAACUGGAGAGUGCUUGGCGAUCUUGGAGUCGAUUGCUGCCAUGACUGAUUGCGACAUAGCUGAGAUUGAGAGCAGGCAUGCGCAAACCAGAGAUUUUUGUUUGGGUCGGGCCAGAGGAUGGCCGGAAAACCUGGAAUCCGUUGCCUGCCGGUUUCUUUGCAGGCGACAUGGAGAAUCUCAGCCAAUCACAAAAAACUACGUGAAGCCUAACAAAAAGAAACGUAGAGGUGGCGGAGGAGCAUGGCGGGCAUUUGUGCAUGUAAGAUGCAAAGGCCAGAAAUUUGGAAGAGAUGGCGCCAAAAAGCUGGCAGAGGAGUAUCGCUCCCUGCCUCAGAGCGAGAAGGACAAGUUCAAAAGGAUUGGGGCAGCUGGAGCCCUCAGUCACAAUGCUGGAUAUAAAUCAUUUGGAGCUGCUUCUGUCCCGCUGCCACCUCUACCAGGAUAG